AUGGACUCGUCGCCAUGCGAGGCAGAGCCCUCGCUGCCGCCCCCGAUGCCGGCCGUUGCCUCGGCCAAGCGACCGGCUCCCUCCCUGCUGCCCGCGUUUGAGCCCCUCUCGUCCUCGCCGGGCCUGCCGCGGCCGGUGAAGCGUCUCAACACGGGCACGGCCGCCUCGAUCCAUCUCAAGUAUCCCACGCCCGUUCCGACGUCGAGCACGGCCCUGCCCUCGUCGUCGCCGCUGCCUCGCCUCGCCCGCGGUGCCUCCGACCGCCGGGUGCCCCUGUCGGCCGUGCCGACCGUCGAGCUGCCCGAAAACGGCGAGGCCGUCGCCAUGGGCCGCUCGAGCAACUCGUCCCAGUUCCAACUGUCGUCCAACCGUCUCGUCUCGCGUGUCCACCUCACGGCACGCUACGGCCGCACCUGGGAGCUCUACAAGGGCGACAGCUUCACGAGCGAGACCGAGGGCACCGACAUCAUGGUCGACGUCCUCGACGCCCGCGUCAUGCUGCAGUGGCCCAAGCUCAUGUCCGCCUCGGCCUCCGAGUCGAGCUCGAGCUGGGAUGACACGCCCCCUCGCCUCGCCCACGCCGCCUCGCUCCUGCUGCAGUCGUCGCCCCUGAGACGGGCGGCCGUCCGCAUCGCCUCGCCCGAGAGCCCGACGCCCUUGGCCGCCUCGCAGCGCCUGCAGCGCCUGCCGGUCGCCCGUGCCGAGAGGGAGGGAGCCGGCGCCAUCGAGAUUUACGAGGACGAGCCGGACCUUUCCCCGUCCGAGAGGGGAGGGUCAGAAUCGAAGCCGGUCGACGCGGCCGUCAGCAUGCGCACCGAGGCCACGACGAGUUUCAUGAGCGACGCGGUAGACGACGACGACGAUGAUCCCGACGAUCCCGACGAGGAAAAUGACCCCAUCAUCCACUCCUUCGGUCCCUUCGGCGCCGACAUCUCCGGACGCUUGGCUUCGAUAUCGACAAAGUCGCCCAAGUCGCCCGCCAAGCAGAGACGCCCUCUCCCCGCCGUCGCCGAGUUGGUCGAGUCGCCGACGCCCGUCGCCGACGUCUCGUCUCCGCUAUCCUCCCCCGAGACGACACCGCCGGCGCGGCCGUCCAUCGAGCUCGACCCGUCCAUCAUCAACCACGUGGUCAACCAGCUCGCCUUCUCGCGCCUCUCCUCGACGCCCCUCUCCACCAUCAUGCAGCACCUUCCCGCCGAGGCCAAGACGGGCCUCGAGCGCGAGUCGCUGCGCGAGGCCAUCGAGGCCGAAUCCUGCAUCGGCAUCAUCCACCGCCAGGGCAAGGACGCCGCCGGCAAGCCGCUCGAGAGCGAGUACUACUACAUCCCCGAGCAGGACGGCGACGAGCAGCGCCGCGCCGCCGUCGUCGACGGGUUGCGAAGGCCGAGUCUGCGGAACUGCAGGAAGCAGCACAAGCAAUAUUAUUGGAAGCGUCCACGGACCCCGUAG